ACCCAACCGCUCCUCCGUCAGUCGCCAUUUUAAGACGGUCGAGCCACCGACUAGUUGCAAACGUCUGUUACGCAGCAGGUCUGUAGCGUUUUUAAUCAUAUUUAGGCCGAUCUACGAACCAAUGUCUCGAUUUCACAACAAUCGCGGCGGACUUGGGAUGAAUCACUUCCAGGCCCGCAGAGGCGGUGGGCCCGGGGGCCCGAUGCGCGGCGGACUGAUGGGGAACCCGAACUUCAGGAACCAUCCAUUCCAAAACCAGAACCAGAAUCGAAGGGGACAAAACAACAACUUCAACAAACCGAACAACCAAGGGCCACAGAUAACCCCCCAGAAGAACCUGCCCAUCAUCCCUCCACCGACUCCCGGCCCGGCCCUCACCAUGAAAGGCCCCAUGCAGCAGCAGCAGCAGCCGCCAGCGGCCGUGCAGCCACCGAAGCCGGCGACCCCCGUUCCUCAGGUCAGCAUCAAGACCUCACCGCAGAAACCCAUCCUGUCCUCCCCUCCACCCCCCAUCCAGGUCAACAAGAACCAGAACCAGACCCCGGAGCUGAAAUCCCCGGUAGGGAAUACUAACGGACAACAACAACAACAACAGCAGCAGCAGCAGAAGCCGCCGCAGCAGCAGCAUCAACCGCCGCCGCAGCAGCAUCAACCGCCGCCGCAGACACCACGUCCGAGCCCGAGGUCCGGGCCUCACCAGGGCCAGAGGAACACCCCAUACCAGGGCCAUAGGGGGGCACCACCGCCGAGCAAGUUCAAGCAAGAGCGAGAGCGGGAGCGGGAGGAGCAGGAGAAACGGUCCUCAAACAAGAAUUCAGCGGAGGCCAGCGCACCACAGGAGGGAUUCAAGGCCACACUGUCCAUGCUGCUGAAACCUGGUGAGAAGACAUACACUCAGCGCUGUCGUCUGUUCAUCGGUAACCUGCCCAGCGACAUCACAGAGGAGCAGUUCAAGAAGCUGUUCGCUAAAUAUGGAGAGCCCAGCGAGGUCUUCAUCAACAAAGGCAAAGGCUUUGGUUUCAUCCGGCUGGAGUCUCGUGCACUGGCUGAGAUCGCUAAGGCAGAGUUAGAUGACAUCCCAAUGAGAGGCAGGCCCUUGCGUGUCCGGUUCGCCACACACUCGGCAGCCCUGUCCGUGAAGAACCUGUCAUCGUUCGUCUCCAACGAGCUCCUGGAAGAGGCGUUCUCACAGUUUGGAAUGGUCGAGAGGGCCAUUGUCAUUGUAGACGACCGUGGACGCUCCUCGGGCAAGGGCAUUGUCGAGUUUGCCUCCAAACCUGCUGCCAGGAAGGCUCUGGACAGGUGCAAUGAAGGCGUCUUCCUUCUCACAACGUCACCUCGGCCUGUUAUUGUCGAGCCUCUGGAGCAGUUUGAUGAUGAAGACGGUCUCCCAGAAAAACUGGCACAGAAGAAUCCCAGAUAUCAAGCAGAGCGUGAGGAGCCUCCUCGCUUCGCUCGUCCAGGCACUUUCGAGUUUGAGUACUCCAAGCGCUGGAAGUCCCUCGACGAAAUGGAGAAGCAGCAGAGGCAGCAGGUGGAGAAGAACAUGCGCGAGGCCCGCGAAAAGCUCGAGAGCGAGAUGGAGGAUGCCUUCCAUGAGCACCAGGCCAGUCUACUCCGACAGGAUCUGCUGAGGCGACAGGAGGAACUUCGACGCAUGGAGGAGGUACACAGUAAGGAGAUGCAAAAGAGGAAGGAGAUGCAGCUCAGACAAGAGGAAGAACGCCGUCGGAGGGAGGAGGAAAUGAUUCGUACGAGAGAGAUGGAAGAACAGAUGCGCCGUCAGCGUGAGGAGAACUACAGGAUGGGCAACUUCAUUGAUAGGGAGAGGGAUAUGAGGAUGAAUCCCAGUGGAGCUAUGGGCAUGGGAGAAAUGCCCUUCGGUGCAGCCGGUCAGAAGUUUGGAAUGGGCUUUGAGGGACAGCAGGGAAUGGGACCGUCCGCAGGAGGCCUGAUGGGCAACGAAAUGCGCAAUGAGCGCUUCGCCCAAGGCGGUCCUAGGGGAAUGGGUCCUGGCAACCCUGGGUACGGCAGGGUUCGGGAGGAGUUUGAUGGUCCUGCUAAGAAACCCCGUUUUUAAACGCUGCUCUUUGAUGCACCCUACAGCAAUUUGUACAGAUACUUCAAAACAAAUAUGUUGAGUCGCAUUUCUUGUAUUUAAGUUUAAGAUUGUUACUACAUUUGAGCUUGACAAUUUGCUCCUUUUAUGACCGAGUCAAUAUUUUCAUUUUUUUUUUAAUUUGUGUUGUCAGUAGUUUGGAAAGAUAGCUCGCCCUCAUGUGAUCCUUUAGUUCUUCCUCACCCAUGUACAUUUUUCUUUUCUAGAUGUACUUUCCUCUGUGAAUCGCCGUGAAGUGAUACUUGUAACAUUUUUCUCAACUUUCUAUGGCUGUGUUUUGUGCCAUUAAUUUGGAAUCAAAGCAUGUAUUAUUAUAAUAAAGACAAAUUGGUUCUAUGAGGACAACAAACCUUUAGCGUUUAUUCCUAAACGAUGAAAUGUUCAAAAACAAUCCAAAUCUUUGUUUAAACAAAGAAAAAUAACGUGGAUAAAUCGGCCACAUUAGGUCUUAAAGGGUCUAUGUGUUAUCUCUGCCACAAUCCUGACCUGUAAUUCAGUAUAGCGAAAAAAACAAAAACGUUAAGCCCCUUUCCUCUCUCUUCCGCGGAUUUGUAAAACUUUCAGCAUCUGAUCAGAUGUUGUCGACCAGGCAGCACCCAGGCGCAAUUUAUUGUGCAUUUUUAAUCCACAGCUGUUUAAUUCCAUUUCAUGAACACUGCACUCUGGUGUAAACCGAGACAUUAAAGCAUUAAGCUGUUCAUGUUUAGUUGGGUGCACUAAUUUGGUCAAAACGUUUCGGGUAAGCAGAAAUACUACACAUAGAGCCUUUAAGAAUGCAAGUAAGCAUAGUGGAAAGACAUGAGUAUCCUUAUGAACACACUCUGCUCAUAUCACAUUCAUAGUCCACAAUAGCGUGUCUCUUGUGCGUGUUCUGAGCAAGGGUUAUUGACUGCAUGGAACAUGCAGUCCCUUAUAUUGAAGGGUCACAGCAAUUUACAAUCAACAAACUUCACUUACAGUUAGUGUUGCUGCCCUCGUUGGAGCUGAACUAGAGCCAGAGCGCCCUAUGGAGUGAGGGUUGUGCCCAGUGUCUGAGCAAUUAAGUUGUUUUUAAGUAGUGAAAACACCAAGUGCUCAGCAGAGCUCUGACUGCGUUGUCCCUCUCUGAACUGAAACCCAACUGAACGAUGGACAUUACCUGUGAUCCCGACUUCCUGAACCAGAAGAGCUGAAGCUGUAACAAAUGCACCAAACUCUUCUUAGUGUUAAUUGAUCAACAGUUCAGCAUUACGCUUGAGCUUGCUGGACCUGAUUCCGAUGAUUGAAGCUUCGCACUUCCCACAGUCAUCGCCCAAUCGUAUCCACUCACCAAAGUUUAGAAGAGCAAGAACAGACGUUCAUGGUGAAGAUUGGGAAUGAAGAGGAAACAUUCUCCUCAUUCCAAGUGACUGAUCCAUCAAACUCAUUUUAAUAAAGGUGAUAUCUUAAGUCUAAAAGUUGCUUUAAUUGGGCCGUUUGUGAUGCAGUUUGUAUUUAUUUCUGUUAAUCACACUUUAUUGGACAUAAAGAACCAUUUAAAAUAACUUUUCUACUUUGAUAUAAGUGUUAAUCAGCUGCUGUGCAGUUUGCAGCUGCUGAUAGUGUAAUGGAAAUUGGUUAAGUAAAUGGUGGUCAUACCAUCUAUUAACAGCUGUAUGAUCGUUGUUGGAAACAAUUGAUUUAAAGGUAGAUUAUUCUUUACAAUCCUGAAUGUAAACAAGGUCAUUUUCACUUAAUUGACUCAGAGGAGCAUCUUUACUGCAGGAUCUGGUAAAAGGUCAUCUCCGAAUCCAAUAGCCAUACCAUAGCCACAGUACCUGACUUAACAUGAAGUGCAGGAGCUGUAAUGGUCAGAUUUUGAAGAAUUAGAAGAACCAAAAGAAGCUCAAAUGUAAAUGUAUUACCUUUCUGUCUUGAAGAAAAAUCUAACUUGAAAGAAAGUGGUAAUGUAGAAAAUAUUUUAGCUCCAGUUUUAAAGGCACUUGUGCUGAACGCAAGUCCAUAAUUAUAUGAACUGAACAAGCUGACAAAGUCUACAUUUUGUUUAAAGAAGACAAAACAACCAGAGUCUAAAUCCUGUACUCAUGAGCAAGCAAUUUGGCUCCUACUGGAAUUUACAGCCUGUCAUUGCUGAACCUUUUUCACUUUGUUACUGACACUGUUAAUGUUUUACAUUUCCAAUUGAAUCCCCUUUAACAUCAGGACACACAUCAUGACAACAUAAAAAAGAAACUCUCUAGUGAGCUUUUACACAAAUCAUGUAAUACAUUUGUCGUUGUUUGUUUGCAUUAACCAUCCAAAUGGCCAGAAAGGAAUUUUUUUUUAUCCUUGAAUGGUAAUUAUAAAGUUGUUGUUUUUCUCCAGUCCUUCUUUUGACUUGAUGUUGGACCAAUCAUGACCAUUCUGGUCCCUUCCUGUGUAAUAAUGUCGGCACCUGUAGGUUGACAUCAUAUGGCAUCAAGUUGGAGCUCGGCCUCCAUUCAAUGAUUUACCUUAGAAAGCAUUUUUCAUAAUAAGUCAAAUGAGAAAUUGUAAACUUUUAAAGCCCAAGUCAAUUCCAUUUACCUUUUUUAUUGAUAAGAAUAACUUGGUUUAAUUUUAUUUAAAACAUGCUGACAGAAAAAGCUGAUUCAACCAUUGUCUACAGAAUGUAACCAUUUUUGAGGAAGGUUGUGUUACUUGUGUUCAAACCAGUUCAUGUCAGCAUCUGGCUCCAGUUAAUGUCGGUGCUAAAAACCUUUAACCUUGGUUACAUCUUUAUUUUUACGAUUAGUGGCUCAUCAUCUUAGCUUUGUCGUCACUUGUACAGUCCUUACAUUGUGACCCCAGCUGGACGGACAGCAGUGUGCAAGUUAAUUAGAUUCAACAACUAUAGGCUUCAGCUGAAUAUUCUCUAUACUGCAUUGCUAAUGAUUAUUACUAUCAGAGCUUGAGGAACCGGGACCCUGCCUGAAAACAUUGAUCAUCAGACUGUUUCACUGUUCUCAGAAUCUGACAACCUGUGGACCUUGUCAGGAAGACCUCAUUGCAUCUUAUGGGGGAACGUCAAAUAGCUAAAGACUUUUUUUUUUUUUUUUUUUAAUUUUUCCACUGGGUUGUAAAGUCUUCCAAUGGCGUCUUUGUGUUUCAUCUGACAACCUGCAGAACACAUUGUAACGGAGGUAAAGCGGAGGACGACACUUGGAUGAAUUUGGUAAACUGUGGAGUGUGCACCUGAAAUGUUGCGUGUGUUUGUGUUAUGUCCAUUUUUUCUUUAACAGGUUUGCCCAGCUUUAAAAAUUGUGGACUGUGGAGGAAUUUGAGGCUGUGACAUUCAGCUGGCACUGUGCAUCAGAUUGUAAAGAUAACAAUGCACUAAUGAUUUGGAGCAAGGAAGCCAAUUAUCAUCGAGCUCUGAGCCAGAAAAAGCCUCUAGAGGCAGCUUGCAAUAUUUUAUUGCAGACAACAGCUAUUUGGGUCGUAUGUAGACUUAAUCUCUAAAAACUGCAAUACUUUCUGUAGGUGUUGUACUUUUUGUAGGUGUUAUAGCUCUAUAUGAGAGCAGAUUUAUAAAAUGUACAUUUUGUAUAAUGUAAAUCAGCAAACUAGAAGCCAGUAGGCCUCCAGCCCCCAAAUCAGAUCUCCCUCAUAUUUUCACUCUUGUGCCGGUGAGUUACAAGUCAGGUAACAUUACUGUGUUACCUGACUUUUUUUUUUUUAGCGAUUCAUUAAUUGGAAUAAAGAGCUACAGCAAUUACAACAAAAUGGAUUUUUGUACCACAUGAUUCCCAAAUACUAAGACAUUACUUCCGAUUUUUGAGCCAGUUUACUUAAUCAUAUUUUGCUCUUAACUUCUUUCUUUUUUUCAUCAAGUGAUGUGGAUCAAGUGAUACCCAUUUUUAUUGACUGCAAACUACAUUUAUGGAAAUAACCAAAUUCUCAGCAGUUUCAGGUUUUACAUUUCCUUCAGCACCUCGGCUGUGUAUGUGAAGUAGUGUUAGUGUCACUGUGUUUAUUUUUCAGAUCUUCACCUUAACGGUCGAUUUCUUAUUUUUUUUUACCUUGGCCUGUAUUUGCUACGAAAGUUCCUCUAGACUUGAUGACAGCUUCUAGUAAAACGGAUAGUUAAUUUAUCUCCAAUUUUGUAUUAAGUAAUGUAAUAGAAAUAACUAAAUUAAUAAGUACAUUUAGUUUGACACCUCAUUCAUUUUAGUAGUUUUUUUUCUUGGUAAAGUACAAAUUGAUUUUCAUUUCAGGAAAUAAAGUAUUUUCUCAAAAUGUCCCGAUGGACCAGUAGAUUUUUAACCUGUCAUGAGAUUUAGUUCUUUCAGAAACUGUUAAUUGGCAGAUUAUAAUGCACAGUACUUAGAUGUGGACUAGUAAUUAAUAUAUCCACAUCAAUAUUUAUUUUAAUCACAGGAGAAAGGAAAAAUUAAAGCAAGAGUUAAGUAAUAAUCAAAACUUUCAAAAUAAUAUUCAAAAAGAAAUUGAUAACUGACUUAAAAAUAAUGAUUACAAAAUAAAUGAUUACAGAUGUUAUUUUACUUGUCUAAUUCGGUGCAGGCUAAGCUCUUAAUAGUAUUUAUUAAGAAGUAAUGUAUUUGGUUAAUUCGAAGUUUAAAAAGUGUUAAGAACAGUUCUGAGUUUUCCUUCUUCCCACAGUCGGUGAACAUCCUAUAGAACAGAAGUAGAAAAACACAGGUGGAUCAAUUGGACUGAAAUGUAAAUUUGAACACUUGUAUUGUUAUGUAUGUCUGUUGGUGUUGUGUACCAUUUGUUUUUCUCUAACAGGUUUGAUCAUCUUUAAAGGUGUUGGACUUUGAGAUGGAACUUUCCAAACCACGAAUUUCAGAGUCAGUGGUAAUGGCAGAUUUAGCUGGACGUCGCUCCGGUCAGAGCGAGAUUAUUAAUGAAGAACUAGGAGCAAAUAGCCAAUGUUGUUAGAAACAAAUCAUAAUUAUUGAUUGAUAGAUGGUGGCUCACUAGGUUGGACUGAAGCUAGGAAAGUUGGAAGAAUUGAUCUUUUUUUCGCAGUAACAGUAAAGGUUGAACUGAAGUUCAGAACAUGGAUCCUACAUUUAGUUUUUGUAUUGUUGGGGUAAAAUAAUCUUUAAGACGUAGACCACUCUCCAUUAGGCUGAUGCCAAAUCAACUUCAGUCCCAUUCUGAAUAACAACACUGGUUCACGGUCACAUUGACGGAAACGCGUUGUGCCGACAAGUCACGACAUUGUAAGAAGUGAUGAUCGAAAAAACUGUAACUUGAACUCAGACAUAACUCAGAAACAGUGGCUGAAAUAUGUUCCACUGCCAACAAGACAGAGCUGCUCUCUCUUCGCCCUGACGAUGAGAGAACAGGGCAGAUUGAACUGUACUGGAAACCUCCUCUACCUCAGUCUCGUGUAUUCUAUGCCAAUUAUUAGGCACAAACUGAGGCUCUUUUUAUAACUGUCAACCUGAAGCUGUGAGGAACAUUAGUAUAAAAGUCAUCCCAUGUCUGAAUGAAGUUAUACUCAUUAAACCAAGAAGCUGGUUGUGAUUGAUAUUCCAUCUCUGAAAGGAGCCGGAGGAACCGAAGCUUUGAACCUUUCAAUGAGAAGCUCGCUCUUGGAGAUUUAAAAGGUGGCAUCAAGCAGCAUUUAGCAUUUUACACAAUGAUGUGUUGAGGAUUGAACGCACUUGGUUAUUGAAUUAAUCACAAUAACCUUUGAUUUGAUGUCUGUAGAGGGGGAGUAAGUGAUUCUAAUUGGUUCAUUUUGUCAGAAUCUUCAUUUUUCCUCACUUUUUACCAGGAAAUCCCACUUUGAUACGCAGCCUCGAGACUGGAGAUUUUAAACGACUUAUUGUUAUUCUAGCCAAUCAGCAACCGGGGUCCCUGAUACCUGCUGUCUCCUUGUUUUUUCUUUAUAACAACCGAGAGUUUUUCAGCCAGGAGGACGGGACAUUAGGCGCCCUGACUUUCUCCAUAGUGUUGUUGCAUGUCCAUGACGUUGGGGGGGGGGGGUGUUAUUUGUUUUGCGGUUAGGUUCAAUUAUCAGCAGAUGUUAAAGAAUCACUUACUCCUCCUUUUAAAGACAAGUUCUUAUUCAAGAUUUAUUUAAAAGCAGCAUCAAGCACAGUGACUAUAUGACUGAUGUGUGGAACUGGGUUGUCUCCUGUUUCCAAUACCUGUUCACAUUUUGGCUUCGGUCAAAGACAUUCUUAAGAAUUUUACUUUAGAAUUACUUAAGAAAGUUCUUCAGAACUUUGUUAAGAUUUAUUUUAAGGCAACACCAAGCGCAUGUGACAGACUAGUCAGUAACUUUCCUACAGAAGUCUGACAUGAGGAUCUCUACUUGCCAAUGCAUUUUCCUUUUAUCUUAGAAGUAGAAAUUAAAGCCAAAGCUUUGACACGGACAUCCUUAGAUUGGUUGAAAGGCUUCAUGUCAUUUAUCACCCACACUUUUUCAUAUUCAUUCUCUUUUGUGAAACAUUCCUGACAUUAAACCUGUAGGUAAAAUCUACAUUUGCUCACCUGACCAACCACCUUACUCACCAAUCUACCUGAUGUAGGAGGCCUCGCGCACCUUACGGUUGAAGAGAGGAUGGUGCGUGUGUUGUGUGCUUAUGUCUUGUGUGUGUGCGAGGGUGUGUUGUGUGUUUGUGUGUCACGUCUUUGGGUACAUGUGAGGUGUGCUAGCUGCUGUCAGCCAGCUUGUCAGAGACAGGCUGCCCCAGUCCACAGUAGAGGCUCUUCUCUGCAGUUGGGUUACAAUGACGAUGAGUAGUUCUGCAGAAGUCAGUGGACAGUAAAGCCUGGACUUGUUUGCACUGCAGCCUGAGGUAUGAUUACACAGAUCCGCUGAACGAGUAAGGUAAGUGUCCAAUCCAUGUUUAUAAUACAAGAUGCAUAAGCUCUCCCAUAACUUAACUCUUCUUUCCUGUGUCGCUGCUCUCAGUGACGCUCACAGGGCUUCUGGCAUCACACUUACAAACAAUGGGUUCACAGUGCAGAUCUCGGUUUCUCAACUUUUUUGUGUGUGGGUGUGGCGAAGCAUUAUAGCCUGUGCAGUGUGUGUGUGGUUGUAGUACUUGAACUUCUCUAUGUAUGUGUGAAAACAACUGACUGGACGGCUGGGUCACUGGUUCAACAUUUAAAAAAAAAAAAAAAAUGCAGAUUUGUGGAAUACAGCGCUGCAACUGGAAACGAGUCGUUGUGCAAAAUUUGUGUGUCUCUCAAGAAAAAAAUAUAUCCUGUUUAUAUUUUUGGGGCGUGAAUCGUGAUCAGCAGUGAAAAGUCACUGGAAAAUGUCUCGAGUCGAACCCUGUGUCCAUCUGUAAUUCUCUCAAAGCUCUAGUGCUGUUUCUGUCUUUUGACCGAACCUCCUUUACCUUUUGCCACAUGAGACAAGACACUACACACAAAUGUAUUUUCUGGUUAGAUUCUUCAGUAUCUACAUUGCCCAGCUGAUUACCCCCUAAGAAACAACACAUUUGCCCAAAUCCUUAAUUUCCCCCCCAGGGUGAAUCACUUAAGUAUUAUUUGUCAUUACAAAUAUAAAACAUGUAUUAUCUUUCACUUGUCGACACAGUAUUUAUAUCAGGAACAGCCCCUGUCAUCACAACCCCUGACUUUGUUUGUGUGUCCUGUAAAAUUAGAUCUAUUUUUGUGGUAGUGUGACGGGUUCUCAGCAGUUGGACAGUGAAACUUUUCACACAUUGAGGUACUCUUGGGGGGGGGGGGGGGGGGGUCACAGAAACUUUCCUGUCACAUAUCAUUUGAUAUCGUACUCGAUGCAGUUUGUUGAACUUUGAUCAUGACACAACAAUCGACUUGUGAGUUUUAUCUGUCGAUGAAGGAGGGAAAUAUUCUGAAUUCUUCUUCACAUUUCGUACUUUUCACUCAACAUCCGUCUGUUGAAUAAUAGAUUGUAAACUUGGGAUUUACUCUCUAACCUGAAGCUUCUUUGCUUCCAGAUCUUUAAUCUAGUUUUCUUCUUCACUUGGUACACUACUUUGGAAACACAACUCCAACCCUAGGUGAUUCUCUGAGGAAUAUAAACAAGAAAUGGGAUGGAAUGGAAUUAUACAUUUUUUCCAAAUAGUUUCCAUUACAUGGAAAAUAAAUUUGUACGUAAAGAAUUAUAGUAACUGUUUUGUAAUUUGCUAACUUGGGGUUAGCUACCAGAUUGUUAAACAGUCCCAUUUGAAUUGCAGUGACUCUGAACUCUACUGCCUCUCAAUGCUUAUCAGUAAACCGCCUUUUUAAAACAGGGAAAACACCCGACUCAGAGGUGAAGGUUUCUUACUGCAGCUUGUUCCAGUGUUUUUCAUUUAUUAGUCAAUGAUGCUUUGAUGUCACUGCAGUUCAACACACUCCUUCAUGGUGUCAUAGCUCAGUCACAUCUGAACACACUCAUAUGAGAUGCACAUAGAUUUAGAUUCGGUGCCUCACUUCAAUGUCCUGUCUCAUUUAUGUUUGUUAGAAUCCUCACGUCUUUAGAUUUUCUCUGUCAAAGUAAACCAGUGACGGUUGUGUGUCUAUUCAACUUUGUAUAUUAGGCAGGAAAUACUAAAAGUUAAUACAGCAUAUCAUGCUGAAUUGCCAAAAUGUAAAAAGGGGCUCAAGUGGAACCCUUGACUUCAUACUUUCAGUUUACAUCAAAGUAUUUAUGGGAAUCGUUCUAAAAUCUUGUGUAUUACCGACCCAACACAGCAGUUACUUCCUAAAGUUUCUGAUCUUUUCUGAUCCUGCUGAUCAGUGUUGUGAAAACCAGGAAACUAUUUUAUUAUCUUUCAAUUUAAAAUGUGCAGUAGCACCAGACUCUGUUGCUCUUCUUUCCUCUCAGUACAGUCUUACUCAUAUUGUCACUCUCUGUUUCACCUGAACACCCUGUCAUGCCAGUGACCAGCCCGCCAUGUUGAAAAGGUACAGUACCUGACUGUGGCCAUUUCCCUUUGUUGCUUCUACGUAGGAGUUGUAUUGUAGCUGCGAAGAACUCUUGUGCUGUUUUCUCUCACGAGCUCGGAUGAGCUUUUUUCAAGAGGAAACUUCACUGUGAUGUGAAUCCAGCCCUGGAGGCUGUCGAUGCUUCUGUCUGCACUGUGAUCCAUUUUCUAUUUCAAACCCUGAUCAUUCCAAAAUCUUGUCCACGUCCCGCCUCAGAGUGUGAUGCCAGAAUGUCCCUUUAGGCCUCUUCACGGCCUCGUCUAAAAGUGCACCGCCCAGAAAUCUGCACUGAAAACGACCACCUUCUGUAGAUGGUUUCUCCCGUGUGUCAAUGUGCAGCUCCCAGCUGUUUGGGGAUUCGCGGUAACACUCCUGAUGUGUCAGUUGGAAGUCCAGCUUCUCACGGCUCGGUAACAGAACUCACAGGUCUGCAACAGAUUUGCAAGUUGUCGCCCGCAAUUAGUUUUGUCACCUCUGCACUUUCAGAACAAACGAAGUGUGCUGAGAUGCCUUUUUAAUAACUGUCUAUCUGAACUUUUCAAACAUCUCUACACGCUCACAAACACCUGUAUCUGUUAUUCACAUGUAAUGCAUGUCCACAUUACAUUCACAUACAUGUUAUCAACAAAUACGUUAGGUUUUCUUUAAAAUCUCCGGUGGUACAAACACAUGCAAACACUCCACACACAAACACGUAGAUGCUCAGGUCUUCACACUGUUUUUUUUUUUUUAAGGUGGCAACUUCAAAACACAAGAGGUAGUAAUGAGUUCACUGUCAGUCUCUCACUGUCUGUUUGUCGCCACAGGAUCCUGGACCAGCUGACGGAGGCUGAUGAUCCACGUUGACUAACCACGGUAAAGUGAAGACGAUGUCUGAUUAAUACAAACAGAGCUGCAGAAGACUCGGCGUCAGGACUGAGGCGACCUCGGGACGACCUCGGUGGCUGCAGAUGGAGAAGCAGAACCAGGAAGUGUCCAACAGCGGGUUGACCUGCUGACCAGAGGAAGGGGCGGGGUUUACUCCUGAUUUCAAGUUUUAAUAAAUGAAUAUUAAAAAUA